AUUCUCCGGUUUUGCUUACAGAUUGAACUAGAGAAUCUCAAUAGCGCUACCGAUGAAAUUAAUAAGCUCGAAAUCGAAUUGGAGGAGGCGAACUCAACGUUUCGCAUACUGCUGAAUGAGUCGACGCGCCGCUUGAAGCUCUCCUCCAAGAAGCUAGGCAACUGCAUUGAGAAGGCGCGCCCCUACUAUGAGGCGCUGGAGAAGUUGCGCGAGGCGCAAAUCGAAUGCCAGCAGGCGGCGGUCAAAUUCCAGCGAGCGAAUGAAAUCCAUGCAGCUGCCAAGGAGACGGUGGCCUUGGCCGAGCAGCGCUUCAUGUCCAACUCGCACGAGUGGCAGUUCGACAAUGCCUGGCAGGAGAUGCUGAAUCAUGCCACACAGAAGGUGAUGGACGCGGAGAAGCAGAAGGCCGACUGCCAUGCCGAGCAUCAGCGACGCACGCGGCUCUUUCACUGUGCCGAACAGAAGCUGCAGCAGCUCGAGGAUCGGUUCAGGCGCAGCAUCAACAAGUCGCGUCCGUACUUUGAGGAGAAGCAGGUGUGCCAGGAUCAACUGCAGACACAGAAGAAUCGCAUCCAGGAGCUGCAGCAGCAGGUGAGCAACGCCAAGGCGACCUACUCGACGGCCUUGCGCAACUUGGAGCGCAUCAGCGAGGACAUACACAGGCAGCGCGGCGAUUAUCCAGCGAUGAGCGGAUCUCCGCCGCCGCCCGGGCCACGCGAGCCGGGUGUGGGCGCUGAACUGAAUACACCCACCUCCAGUACUUUGCCAUCGCUGCCUGACUUCCAGCUGGAGCUGGAGAAGUGCGACUUUCCAUCGAUAGCGGGCAGCCAAAUGUCGCUGGGCGGCGGCACAGCCGCCACGGCGUCGGCCGUGGAGACAGAGGACGAGGCCGAGGAGGACAAUGUGUGCGACUACGAUGAGAGCGGAUUGGGCAACGAGCUACGCGGCGUAGUCGACGAGCGUCAGUUGGAGGCGUUACGUCAAAAGGUCAAAAUACUCGCAGUGCGACCCAUCGAGGGCGGCGACGGUCAGCAGCAGAACGAUGUGUGGGAGCACGAACUGAAGGCCACGGUGGAUAAGCUCGAUCAUCUGAUGAUGCUUAAGGAGGCAGCGAAACACCAGCAAAAUGUGCGAGCCAAGUCCACAGAGCUUCGCCCAGACUCACUGGGCGCCGAGGCACUGAAGCGCCACACCGAUGUGGACGACGUGGAUGCCAGGGAUGUGGUCAUCAAGAUCAGCACCAGCGCCGUGCCCACAGUAUCGAUUACCCACAGCCUGCCCGUCACGCCGCAGCACCAGCCCGGCAGCAAUGCGAGUUCGAUCAAGAAGCUGCAGCAGCAGCUGGCGCCACUGCCAUCCGUGAAUGUGUCCAUGCGGGAGCUGCCGCUGCUGGCGCGACUCUCGAAUGAGCUGUUGGACCGCAGCAGCGCUGCCAUGGGCAGUGUGCGUAGGCAACUGCGACGUCGCUCUCUCGAAUAGCAGCAGCAGCAACUGCAACAGAGGCAGAGGCAGCAACAGCGGCAGCGACAGCGACUCUUUGAAUUAAAUUAAAAGUUUGUUUAUAUUAAAUGAAUUGUGAAAUGCCGUGAAAAUAUGGAGUGAAAAUGAAUGAAACGCAUUUAGUUCACACACUGAGAAUAUUUUGAGUACACAUACAUGCUUAAAUACAUAGCAUAAAUACAUUUAGCAUAUAUAUUACAUCUAUUUUCGUAUAUAUUAAAAUAUCAUAAAUGUUUAUUAAACGUUGAGUGUCCUGCGUAAUGUAAUGAUUGUCUCUCAACUUGUUAAUGUAUAUCAAAUAAUUACUUUAUGUCCUCUUUUUAUGUGAUUGCAAAACGAAAAUUUUUGUGCAAAUUUCUAAAAAAAAGAACAGGCACUAAACAAUAAGCAGCUUUAAGUUAAUGUUUAAAACAAAAAGGGAGAAAAAACAUCAGAAACAACAAAAGUAAAUAACGCAACCUACUAAUUAAAGAGCAAAUGAUAAAAAUGGGCACAUGCACUAAAUAGUUUAGCCUAAAAUAACACAAAA